UGGGAAUCUUCUUACCGGUUUAAAAUGUUAUUAUAAAACGGCAAGCGCAUCGGCAGUCGGCUAUCAGUCAAUAACGGUCAGCGGACAUUAAAAUAUUAUGCGCAUUUUCGGCAUGGAGUGUUUAAAGAUGUGUGUCGUCGUGGGCUUGGCCCUGACUGCUGCACCGGGUCGACCAGCGGCUGCAGCACCGUUGCCGACCAAUGCUUACGUCUUUCAACAGCACAAACGCAGCCCCGCCGACCCUAACCUGGAUUUGACUUCCGCGCUGACAACGGAAUUCGGUGGUUUCGGACCGUCCGCAACGUUGCAAGAUUUCGGUUACGGUUCCGGUUUCCCAUCCACCGCAGAGGGCUUCGGGUUAAACGGCGCAAUAGACGGUUUCGGCACAUCCACCGGACUACUGCACUUGUCCCACCCGUACUCCACUACAGCGUUCGGCUCUGGGUUUGACUCGAUUGGUUAUCCAUUUUCCGAGUCUACGCUUAACCAGCUUCAGUUCAAAGCUUCGCUUGCUUCUGGUUCAUCGCCCUCACUCCCGGUCUCUAUAAAGUAUAGUCCAUCGGUUGCCAAUGCUGGUCUUCAUCAAACCAGUAUCAAUGGAUUUCCGGCCACCGAGUCCGUGAAACCGACUGCUCAAAAGACAGUUUCACUGCAACAAACUAGACCUAACGAGCAGCACGUUCAGGCGGAAUCAUUAAACGCCGCCCCUGCUCCGCUGCAACAGUCAUAUCCAGCUGCCGUAUCUGUACCACAAAAACAGACGUAUGCAAUUUAUGCUCCACUGCAACAGUCAUAUCCGACUUCCGCAUCUGUACCACAGCGACAGUCGUAUCCAGCUGCAACAUCUGUGCCACUUCAACAGUCAUAUCCAGGCAUUGCAUCUGCUCCACUUCAACAAUCAUAUCCCACAUCCGUAUUUAUACCACGGCAACAAUCGUACGUGACUCCAAUAUCUGCUCCGCUACAACAGUCAUAUCCAGCUUCCGCAUAUGUACCACAGCAACAGUCGUAUUCGGCUACAGAUAUUGCAUCUGUGCCACUUCCACAGUCAUAUCCAGGCACCGCAUCCACUACGUUUCAACAGUCGUAUGUAACCGCUGAAUCUGUACCACAGGGACAGUCAUAUCUGGUCACUAAAUCUGUACCACAGCAACAGUCAUAUUCUCUUUCUGGAUCUAUACAACAGCAACAGUCGUAUCCAGCCGCUCAAUCUGUAAUACAACAGCAGUCGUAUACUCCUUCUGGAUCUGUACCACAGCAACAGUCAUAUUCUCUUUCUGGAUCUAUACAACAGCAACAGUCGUAUCCGGCCGCUCAAUCUGUAACACAACAGCAGUCGUAUACUCCUUCUGGAUCUGUACCACAGCAACAGUCGUAUUCUCCUUCUGUAUCUGUACCACAGCAACAGUCAUAUUCUCUUUCUGGAUCUAUACAACAGCAACAGUCGUAUCCGGCCGCUCAAUCUGUAACACAACAGCAGUCGUAUACUCCUUCUGGAUCUGUACCACAGCAACAGUCGUAUUCUCCUUCUGGAUCUGUACCACAGCAACAGUCGUAUCAGCCUGCAUUAUCUGCGCCGUUGCAACAAUCGUAUGUAGUCGCCACAUCUACGCCACCACAACAGUCAUAUCCAUCCACCUCCGAAGAUUUCCGAAUUUCUGCAUAUCAACCAUCCACAUCUAGCGGUUCAGCGAGUUCACUGGUCGCGUCUGAAGCUGGAUCCACACCAGAUCUAAUUUUGGAGCUGAGACCUCCACCGUACACCGCACCAGCAUCGUCGGUUGACUAUCAACAAAAUGUGAAUAUCCCGUCUACCGUAUCAUCUUCCUAUUCACCCGCUGACAGCAAUAACAAUAAUAAAAAUUAUCCCGGUAACGAUUUUGGCUUGUUGACGGCUCCUGUGGCUGUUACUUCUGGUCCGAACCAGGUAUCCAAUACCCCGAACGGCGGCCAGCUUCCCGGAAAUACAAACGACUUCCUUGCGAUCGGUCCAAACGCCAAACCUGACCAGACUCCCUCGAACACCUAUUACACGGUCCCCCUUCCAGUAUCCGGCAGUUCGAAUAGUGUGUCAAGCGGUGUUCCCAAUUACUUUUCGAUUCCCAGCAUAUCUUAUUCCUUAACCAGUACCGUAAACAGUGAGUUUUCCGGUUCGACAAGUGCACCACCAGCUGCCGCAGUACCUUCUAUUGGAACCGACCGCGGUGUACCUGCAGUAGUUAACCCUACGGGUGGACCAAGUUCCUCGUACCGAGACACCAACUCCAUUCCCAGCUUGUCUUUCACCAACUCCAAUUCAAUUUCCGCGAACUCGUAUAGCGAUUCCAACUCAAUCCAGAGUAGUUCUUAUACUAUACCGAGUUCUCCAGUUGCCGGCAACUCUUACAGUGACUACAAACUCAGUACCGAUAAUUUUUACGGUGACUCGAAUUCGAUUUCAUCCAAUAGCAAACGUGAAUCGUCCACUGUCAAUCCAACUGAAAAAUUUCCCAGGUUAGGUUAGGUUUGGUUGUAUAUAAUACUUCAAUGACCCGGGUGUUUAUAAAACCAUAUAGUAAGAACUUAUUUUUAAACAGACUGUGAGUAUGAUUUAAUAAUAUACAUGUAUAUUUUAUUUUUUUGAUUUAAAUACAUUUUAAGUGCUGUUAGUUUUAGUUUUUUGAGAGUAAAUUAUAAAAUAUCUAUGUGCCAACAUUUUUUUUCAUUAUUUAUGAAUGUUUAAAAUAUAAUAAUGUUGAUCACUAAUAUUGUAUUAUACCUGUUUAACUAUAUUUGUAAUUAAAUUAAAAUAUUUAUAUUCAUAUUGUUAUAUAUAAUAAAUAUUUGUAUUACAAAA